CACCCAACUCACAACUGGCUUUUAUUCUCAUCCGCGUUUUAUGCUGACUGUGAGCGAAAGAGUGAGAGAGAAAAAUAAAUAACUAAAGAGAGAUAAAGUUGUGAGAGGUGAGAGGGAGAGAGUCCCGUCGCAUCGGACAGCGGUUCAGUCCCCGACGCCCGUCGUAGCCCGCGAGAGCGUAGGAGAGAACAAACCCAAAAGAAGAAAACGCCAGUGACUUGGUUCAUUUUUACCACUAAAACAAUAUAUAUAUAAAUUUAUAUAUUAAUAAUUAAUUUUAUCGGCAUUGCCGUAAUCUUAUCAUUACAUUAGUUUACUUUUAAAUUUAGUGCCAAAAUAAUUUAAAUCGUGAGUUAGUGCACACGAAAAAACCGCGAAAUUCGGAUUUGAAUCCGUUAGUUUUGUGCAGUGUUUUAAUUAUUUAUUUAGUUUUUUUUUUUUCAAGUAUUUUAAUUAAACAAAUAGUUAAUCAUGUUUGAUGUUUUUGGAUCAGUAAGGGGCUUACUGAAGCUCGACCAAGUGAACAUCGACAAUAAUGUAUUUCGAUUGCAUUACAAAGGGACGGUUAUUCUACUAAUUGCAUUUUCAUUAUUGGUAACAUCACGUCAGUACAUUGGUGACCCGAUAGACUGUAUUGUCGACGAAAUACCUCUAAGUGUUAUGGAUACCUACUGCUGGAUUUAUUCAACUUUCACGAUUCCCGAUCGCAUUGGGAUUGUCGGACGAGAUAUCGUUCAACCGGGUGUUGCAUCCCACGUAGAAGGUGCCGACGAAGUUAAAUAUCAUAAAUAUUAUCAGUGGGUAUGCUUUACUCUAUUUUUCCAAGCCAUAUUGUUCUACAUACCACGUUAUCUAUGGAAAACAUGGGAAAGCGGGCGAAUAAAAAUGCUGGUAUUAGAUCUAAAUUGUCCAAUAAUUGCCGAUUCAAAUAAAAUGGAGCGCAGUAAAUUGCUGGUAGAUUACUUCCAAACAAACUUACACACGCAAAAUCUUUAUGCCUAUAGAUUUUUUUUGUGUGAAGUACUGAAUUUUAUAAAUGUUGUUGGUCAAAUAUAUUUCAUGGAUUUCUUUUUGGAUGGUGAGUUUUCAACUUACGGAGCGGAUGUUGUCAGAUUCACGGAAAUGGAGCCGGAAGAACGAAAUGAUCCAAUGUCACGGGUGUUCCCUAAAGUAACUAAAUGUACAUUCCACAAAUAUGGUGCUUCUGGUACAGUACAGAAAUUCGAUGGACUGUGUGUACUGCCACUCAACAUUGUUAACGAAAAAAUUUACGUAUUUUUGUGGUUCUGGUUCAUUAUCUUGUCAAUUGUCAGCGGUCUGAGUCUGAUGUACCGGGCGGCUGUUGUCGCAUUACCAAAAUUGCGUUUGAUGAUUUUGCGCGCACGAUCACGUAUUUCGUCACAAAGCGAAAUACAAUUGAUAUCAAACAGAUUCCAGAUUGGUGACUGGUUUGUUUUGUAUCAACUGGGUAAAAAUAUUGACCCGCUUGUUUUUAAACAAUUGAUAACGGAUUUAGCAACGAGAUUUGAAGGAAAAGAGAGAGUUUAAGAUACAUUUUACAAAACGAUUACUUUAAACGAGAUUAUAAAAAAUUAUUUAUAAUUAUUAACAAAAAAAACAAAAUGAUUUUGGAUUUUAUUUACGAGUCGAUUUGUCUACGGCCCGAAUUAAACAUCCAACCGUUUGUUUCAUUUAAAUAUUAAGAUUGUAUAACAAUUUGGGUCGUGGGUCGGAGACUGAGGCGACUCUAAUUGUGUGAUAAGAGGUGGACGGCGUCCCUUUAACUUCCUUUUUAUUUUAUUACCAUUUUUUUUUUUUUUUUUAGUAUUACUAUCUUAUUAUUUUUUUUUUAUUCAUCUCGUGCCUUUGAUCUUGCUCCCCGAUAUUUUCUUAUUAUUCUACUUUAGAAGAUUGCUUUACCCUUCAAAUUAUCCUGAUUCGAUAUGGUUUCACUUUUGUAAUGUAUCUUUUAGUUCUUAUUAUUUUUUUCACUAAUAAACAGUUCAAGAAAUAAUUCAACUAAAAUUUUCAAAAAAAUUUAAGGUAUUUUUUUAAGUAAACAUUUAAAUUGGAGUACAAUAAAUUUUUAUUAAAGCCGAUAAAAUUUAUUUGAACAAUUGUUUACUCAAAUUCUAUUUUUUUUUUUUUUUAUUUUAACAGUCAUGAAAAAACAGACACGUGGACAAUAGUAAUAAUAGUAUUGUAGUAAUACUACAAUAAGGAAAUAGUGAAAGUUCAAGGGUACGAGACAAUAUAUUAAAUAAAAUAAAAGACCGUACCACAUGCCGAUACCUUUGUUCAUAGGUAUGGUUUAUUGUCUGACAGAUAUCUAUGCACACACUUAUUCAAACAAAUUUUUUUAAAAAAUACAAUCGAUUGAUCGAAAAUUUUUAAUGGAAAUGUAUAAAACGACGCCGUCCUCCCAAUAGCAUUACUUCCAUACUACCAACUGUAAUAACUAUUUUUGUCUUUUAUUUUUUUUUUUUUAUUCACAAACAAAUAUUACAAUUAGUAGUAAUUUUUUGCGAUCAUAGAAAAUAGAAAGCUAUAUUAAAAUAUAUACAAUUGUGUAGAUAUAAAUGGACUAAAAAAAAAUAAUAAAAAUAUAAAAAUUUUUUUUAUCCAUUACAGGAUGAAUGAAGCAACAAAUGUUGCAUAUUAAGUAUUUUCUUUAAAAAAUAAUUAGUAAUUAUAAUUAUUUUGACGUAUUGUCUAUUUUCAUGCCUGAUAAUUAUUAAAACUGCCUCUGCAUUUUACCGUCCUCAUAAAAUAUAAAUUUUAUUGUUCAAUUUUUUCUAGUUUUAAUUAUAAUAGAAAAUAAACAAAAAAAAAUAAUUAUAAUAUUAUUAUUAUUAAUAAUGUAUUAAAUAAUCGGGAUAAUUGCAGUUUAACUAAUUAUGGUAGCUGCCUAUUUUUUACCCUUAUUUAUAAUAUACGUAAUAAAUAUAUAAAUUAAAUUAAUAAUUAGAUAUUAUCAUUAUUUAAUAAUGAAGAAAAAUUAAAUGCCAGAGUUUUUUUUUACUUAGAAAAA